CUGGGCGGACCAGUCUGGGAAGAGCGUGUCUCGUAUGCACACACAGUAGCGCAGGGCCCUCGCUACAGACCGGCGAUCCGCGCCAUCUAAGAAUCCACUGGAACACCUGCUGCUCGUCUUGUGAAGACCAGGCCGCCAAAGACUGCCCGACCAUGCCUAGCGCCGUGCGCUGGGCGCUGCUCCACCGGCAGGUGUCGGCGCUGUCCGCCCCCGCCGCCGCCUCCGGCGCCGCCCCCGCCAGGAGGCGCUUCUGCAUCAUCACGCCGACGCCGCCCCUGCCGCGAGCACCGCCGCCCCCGCGGCCCACGGCGCUCCUGGAUCUGCACCGCUCGCUGGGAGCGCGCCUCGUCGACUUCGCGGGCUUCCUGCUGCCCGUCUCGUACCGCGACCAUCCGGACCCCGCCGCCCACCUGCACACCAGGCGCCACUGUUCGCUGUUUGACGUCUCCCACAUGAUGCAGACCGAGGUGCGCGGUAGGGACCGCGUGGCUUUGGUGGAGCGCCUGACUCCGGCCGACGUGCAGUCGCUGCCCGACAACGCAGCCGCGCUGUCCGUCUUCACCCACCCACACACGGGGGGCGUGCUGGACGACCUGGUCGUCACCAAGACGGCCCUGGGCUACCUGCACCUCGUCUCCAACGCCGCGCGCCGCCACCAUGACCAGCAACUGCUCAGGGAUGCAGAGGCGGAGCUGCGCGCGGCUGGUCUCGACGUGGAAGUGCGCUUCCUGGAACCCUCGGAGAUGUCGCUGCUGGCGCUGCAGGGCCCGGAGUCGGCGGCGGCGCUGCAGCCGUGCGUGGACGUGGACCUGUCGGCGCUGGGGUUCAUGCGCUCCACGCUGGCCACGGUGUGUGGCGUGCCCCGGGUCAGGGUGACUCGCUGCGGCUACACCGGGGAGGACGGCUUCGAGCUCUCCGUGCCCUCCGCCUCUGCCACCCAGGUGGCCCAGAAGCUGCUCGCGUCCAGGAAGGUCCCCGUCAGGCUGGCGGGGCUCGGCGCCAGGGACUCGCUCAGACUGGAAGCUGGACUCUGCCUGUACGGGUCCGACCUGGAUGAGACGACUACGCCUGUGGAAGCUGGACUCUCAUGGCUGAUUGCUAAGAGACGGCGAGCUUCGGCGGACUUCCCCGGCGCCGGCGUGAUCCUGGAGCAGCUGCGCUCUGGGCCCCCGAGGAGGCGUGUGGGGCUGCGUUGGGAGGCUGGACCGCCAGCGCGCGCGGGGGCGGCGGUGGUGGCCGCCCUCAGCGACGCCGCCCCGGCGCAGGUGGGCCGCGUCACCAGCGGCUGCCCGUCGCCCUCGCUGGGCGGCAGCGUCGCCCUCGCCUAUGUGGACUCGCAGUACUCGAGGCCCGGCACCUCACUGGCUGUCCAGGUGCGCGGCCGCGACGUGCCCGUAGAGGUGUGCCGGCUGCCAUUCGUGCCACACCGCUUCUACAAGAAGGACCAGCAGUAG